AUGAGCGGCGCCUGCACGAGCUAUGUGAGCGCCGAGCAGGAGGUGGUGCGCGGCUUCAGCUGUCCGCGCCCGGGGGGCGAGGCGGCCGCCGUCUUCUGUUGCGGCUUCCGAGACCACAAGUACUGCUGCGAUGACCCGCACAGCUUCUUCCCCUACGAGCACAGCUACAUGUGGUGGCUCAGUAUCGGUGCUCUAGUGGGCCUGUCCAUUGCAGCCGUGGUCCUCCUGGCCUUCAUCAUCACUGCCUGUGUGCUUUGUUACCUGUUUGUCAGCUCCAAACCCCACACAAAACUGGACCCUGCCUUAAGCUUACAGGCUACAGGCUCUCAGGAGGAACACCCUGCCCACCAAGAUGGGAACACAGGCAUCGCGGUGGAGGUGACAAGAGUGAGCCCCCAUGAGCACAGUUACCCUUUCCUGAACCGACCACUGGACUGCAAUGACGGGCAGGCUCCAGAGUCCAGGCUAUUCCCCCGGCACUGCUUCCUGGCCACAGUGACUGCCAGAGACAUCCCAGGCAGCCCUGAAGAGGCCCUGGUCCCCAAACCAGACCAACAUGAAUCAGCCCCCUAA